AUAUGUAGCCGACAUUUUAGAGGCCUCAGUUUGUGUACAGACAACAUCCCUUGUGUCCGGCUUCCUUUCAUUUCACAUAGGAUUUACGCAUCUCUUUCUUUGGAGAUUUAGUCGGACGUACGGACAGGCUGUUCGUUACCGUUUGGAAUUUCAAAGAUCUGCUAAGUACCUAACAGCGUUUCCUCCUUCAUAAUGGCGGACGAGGAAUCAUUCGAAGCCGGACAAGAGGAAGGGUCGUCUGCCCCGCCUCAACCAGAGGAAACUUCUGCUCGAGAAGAACCAGCCAGUCAAGUCGAGGAAGUUGUGCGUCCUGCAAGACAACAUGGGGAUGACAACGAGGCAAGAAAGGCCAUGGAGGACGCCAAGAAGCAGCGUAUUGAGAAGCAGCAGCAGGAGAUGGAGGAAUAUGAGGAGAUGAGGCGCGAAGCUCGUGAGAAGGAGGCGCAGGAGAUCCAAGAGCUGCGAGAGAGGAGGGAGAGACGCAAGGCUGAGCGUGAGGCCGAGGAGGUUCGCCUGACAGAGUUGAGAGCUCAGGAGGAAGCACGUAGGAAGGCAGAAGAGGAAGUGAGAAAGAGGAAGAAGGCCGAGGAAGAGAUAAGAAUCAAGGAGGAAAAGGAGAGGAAGAAGAGAGAAGCCGAGGAAAGACUGAAGAAAUCCAAGAAGCCCAACUUUGUUAUCACAAAACGUAGCGACUCUGAGAAGGGUUCUGGAGGGCCCGAACGUGGUGUACUCGAGCCACUGAACGCGGACGACAUGCAGAAAUCGAAGGAACAGCUGGAAGAAGAGAAACGCGCUAUUUUGGCCCAGAGAAUCAACCCUCUUUCGAUCGAAGGAUUCACCAGUGACAAGCUCCUUGGACGCGCCAAGGAGCUCGUGGAGACUAUCCGUCGCUUGGAAGGGGACAAGUAUGAUCUUGAACAGAGAUUCAAGAGACAACAAUAUGACAUGAUCGAGUUGGCCGAGAGAGCCAGACAGAUGAACAAAGGAAAAGGCAAACGAGGAGUUUCCUCAGUACAGGUUGACGAAUCGUUUGAUCGUCUUGCUGAUAAAUUCACCAGUGCUCCCGUAAGUAUUCCUCACUAUAAUGACGCUGUUGUUUCACCGGGGAUUCCGGGACAGACUAGGUACCCAGUACCCGAUGUUUGUAUCACUGUGGGGAUUCCGGGACAGACCUGGCCAUUAGUCCCCUAUGCUUGUCACACUGUGGAGAUUCGGAACAGACUAGGUACCCAGUACCCGAUGUUUGUCUCACUGUGAGGAUUCGGAACAGACUAGGUACCCAGUACCCGAUGUUUGUCUCACUGUGAGGAUUCGGAACAGACUAGGUACCCAGUACCCGAUGUUUGUCUCACUGUGAGGAUUCGGAACAGACUAGGUACCCUUACCUGAUGUUUGUCUCACUGUGGGCAUCGGAACAGACUAGAUCCACAGUACUCCAUGCUUGUCUCACUGUGGGGAUUCCGGGACAGACUAGGUACCCAGUACCCGAUGUUUGUCUCACUGUGAGGAUUCGGAACAGACUAGGUACCCAGUACCCGAUGUUUGUCUCACUGUGGGGAUUCCGGGACAGACAAGGUUCCCAAUACCCGAUACUUUUCUCACUGUGGGGAUUCCGGGACAGACUUGGCCCCCAGUACCCCAUGCUUGUCUCACUGUGGGGAUUCGGAACAGACUAGCUCCCCAGUACUCCAUGCUUGUGUCACUGUGGGGAUUCCAGGACAGACUAGCUCCCCAGUACUCCAUGCUUGUCUCACUGUGGGGAUAUUCCGGGACAGACUACGUCCCCAACACCGAUGUAUUUCUUGUGAGCCGACGCAAUAGAUGACUGGGAGGUUGCGUUAUGUGACCUUCAUGAUGUGCUUCAUCCUACCCAGCGAGGAUGCUGGUCAAGCCUAAACAACCCUGGUUUGCACGGCCCUGACUCGAUAUAUGACAGGUAGCCGUGGAAUAGCUGAAAUAUUGCUGAUAUUGCGGCGUUAAACAACACUCGCAUGCUCCAAAAGCCACAUCUUUGCUUUAAAUUAAAGAAUCAUAACAAUUGCUUCGGAGACCAAUAUUUAAAAGAUAGUAAAAUGUAUUCUGCAACUCGCCUUUCUUUCCACAGCCCAAAAUCCAACUGUGCAGUAAAUAUGAACGCCACACCGACCACAGAACAUACAACGAAAGAGCCAAGCUGUUC